AUGCCACGAUUAGAAGAUUGGGAAAUUAAAAAGUAUUGGGAGAUAUUCCAAGGUUUGAAACCUUCUGACAAUAAGUUAACCGGGGAUAGAGUAUCUCCGAUUCUUAAGAAUUCCAGAUUACCCGAUGAUACAUUAUCUAAGAUCUGGGAAUUGAGUGAUAUCGAUAAUGACGGUAAAUUAGAUUUCGAAGAAUUUUGUAUCACUAUGAGACUUAUCUAUGAUAUGGUGAAUGAUAAUAAAUCUGGAGUACCAUCGGAAUUACCUAGUUGGUUAGUUCCGGCAUCUAAAGCUCAUUUGAUUCAUGCAAAUAAAGCUGUGAAUAAUGGUAAUAACAAUUUCCAUAAUGUAGGAUCAAGUGGUGAUGACGAAGAUGAACAAUUAUCCGAUAAUUUUGAUUGGUAUAUAAGUCCCACUGAUAAAGCAUCUUAUGAAGCUAUCUAUGAUAAUAAUUGUGAUGAUUAUGGAAGAGUUAAAUUUGAAUCAUUGGAGGAUUUAUACAAAACAUUGAAUAAUGUACCUCGAUUAGAUGUUUCGUCAGCAUGGAAUUUAGUCAAUCCUAAGCAAUUUGAAACCAUUGAUAAAGAUCAAGUUCUCAUAUUCUUACAUAUAUUAAAUCAAAGAUCUAACGGAAAAAGAGUACCUCGUGGAGUACCAGCAUCAUUAAGAGCAACAUUUUCAAAAGAACAACCAAAUUAUGAUUUGAAUGCCCAAAAAGUUACCCCUCAAACCAAUGUCAGUGUUGGUACAAAAGGGUUUGCCAAUGAUUAUUUGAAUAAGAUUGGAUCUACCAAUAUUAAGGAUAAUGGGACUGAUUUUUCAGCCACUGAAGGAACUGAUUGGGAAGUUGUAAGAUUAAGAAGAGAACUCGCAAAUCUUGAAGAUUUAUUGAGUAAAACCACAAAAGAAACAGAAAGUUCUGGAGAAAGUAGUAUAGUUAAACAUGAAUUGGAAUUAUUAUUAAAUUUUAAAGAAAGUAAAAUAAAUUCAGGAGGUGAAAAAGAUUUAACUGAUGUAAAAAAUGACAUUGAAGUUAUAGAAACUCAAGUAUCAACUUUAGAAGAAUUUUUAAAACUGAAACAAAAUGAAUUGUCAGUUUUACAGGAAGAAAUUAGUCAAUUAAGUUAA